GGCUGUGUUAGAAAUUUACGUAAACAUAAAAUCUAGAAAUGAAUUAAGAAAAUUAUUGAAUAUUUGUAUUAAUAAUUUGUCUAUAUACAAAGAUUAUUUGGCCUUCAUAUAAAUGUUAUUAUUGCUUGCUUAGUAAGAUUGCUGCAGUAUGGAAGAUAAGUGAAAGUUUACAGUUGGUCCGUUGCUAGAAUAUUUAUUGAUAAAAUGGGCAAAACGAGCAAAGUUGUAGUUUGUGGUAUGAAAGGGGUUGGUAAAACUGCUGUUCUGGAGCAGCUUAUAUAUGGUAAUGUGAAUCUCAAAUCAUGUUUCUAUCCAACAAUAGAAGAUAUUUACGUAGCCAAUAUUGAGACGGAUAGAGGUUCCAAGGAACGAGUAUGUUUUUAUGAUACUGCGGGGCUGGAGCCGCCGCUAACAGGCGAGUUAAAAGGUCCCCCGCAAUCCCCUACAAUGCAGUUGACCUCUAAUCAAGUACUGCAGAGACACUAUCUGGGAUUUGCUGAGGGCUUUGUGAUGGUGUAUGAUACCACACGACCUGAGUCACUUGAUGUUCUUAUGUACCUGAAGAAAGAUAUUGAUAGAAAUAAGGAUAAGAAAGAGGUAGUUAUGAUGGUAAUUGGAAACAGAACUGGUCCUGACGAUGUGAACAGUCUAGAAAAUACAUGUUCGAAAGCUUCCAAUUGGUGUGCCCGUGAGAAGAUACGGCAUUUCGAAGUGUCUGCUAUGGACCGUCCAUCACUGUACGAACCGUUCAUAUUCAUGACUACUCGUUUGAAUCCUGUACAAAAUAAAACUGCCUUUCCACAACUCAGCACACUAAGCAAACUGACUCAGAAAAACAACAAAAGUGAAGCUAUGUAACGGUAUGUUUUUAAUCUAUGCCCUUUCUGCUAUCAACCAUAGAUCAUGUCAUAGAGUUGCAAAAAUUUUGGCGCUUUAAUUUUUUAUUUUUGGUAAGUAAUAUUAGGCGUGUGGAGGUAUUGGAUAGAGUUGAACAUUGGCUGUUCUAUUUCGAUGUAUUACGACUUACAGUAGUAGGGAUUCACUGGGUAAUAAGUCCGAGUACUAUUUACAAAUUUGAAAUAUUUAUCCUCAUUGUUUGUCUCGGAAAUCUUUAUGAGAGUGUAUUCAGUAAUUUUUAUGGAUUUGGCCAUGUUACUUAUGUUUUGGAAUCCCAUCUAUCUUGACAGUCUCCUCUCCCUAGCUAUUAUUCCACAUGUUGGUGGGGCCAGCUUUAUUAGGUAUUUUCUUUCACUUCACUCUAUUUUCAACAUCUUUGUCAUUUAGAGUAUCAAAUCCAUGACUAACAUGCAUCUCAAAGCCUUUGUUUGCGCUUAUGUGGCCAUUUACUUAACCACUCAAUAGAAUUGUCUCUUGUUGGAAUUUGCUAUUUCCCUUCCAGUGUUGUCCAGAAUAAAACUUACUUGUGUUUGAUACAGCUAUUACACAUAGAAUUUCACCUUCUGCAAGUACUUUUACAGACAUUACCAUAUCGUUUAUUUGUUUAACCACCAAGAUGUUAUUUCAGUUUGCUCCAACGUAUAUCAGUUAGCCCUUUCCAUUAUCACGCGCUUUUGAUUCUUGUUAUCUUUACAGUGUUUCAUUAAAUUCAAUGAUACAGUAACCUAUAGUAGUAGGGCUACAGUUUCCGCAACUCCACGUCUAGUCCUAGUUUUAGAUUGCUGAAAUUUUUGCAACUUGUCUGACAGUGUGGUGAUUCACCAAUUCACAUUCUUCAAGUCGACAAUCAAUUUAUGUCAUGUUAUUCUCAUAAAAUUGAUUCAAAAAUACCUGUACUAG